AUGCCGCCCAAACCAGCCCUUACCAGCUCUUUUCUCGUGUCUACAGAUGCAGAAAACGAGGUUGUAUGUCCUCUUACCAACCAAGAUGGCUCUCAGUGCCGCAAGAGGUGCAUUGGGGAGAAGCGGUAUCGGUCUAUGCAAGAACACAUCCGACGUGCACAUCCCGACUAUUAUAUUCCCAAAUUACCUGCCACGGAGGAGAGUUUUCAGUUGAUGAUUUCCACUCCUCCCUCGCAACGACCGCAGCCUCCUCCUGGCGCGACUCCCCCUGCAAGGAAAUCGGACGCGAGUGAUCACGCUCGUUAUCCCGCAAUCGCCGGGAAUGCAGGGCAAUCUGGUGGACUUCCUGCACAACCGCCCACCGCCAACGCUGCAGUGGCCCUGGCACAACUCCACAAUUGGGAUUCAGAUUUUGAUGUGUUCCCAGACCCAGAAUACAAACGCGACUCGGGUAUUGAAUUACCAUCACUUCGCGCCGCCUUCCACGAAGAUACAUUACCACCAUUCCAACCCUCUCGCACUAGAGAACUAUUACCAUCCAUACUCCAGUCCCCAAGCAGCCGAUACUCCUCAUUGCCGCCAAUACAACGGCGGGAGAAGUUGCAGCGACCCAGAAAACCCUCGAUGGGGCAAAAUGCGCGCAAGGGAAAGCACGAACGCGGAAAAUCUAGGGAAUUUUCAGCCAAGGAUUUUACCCGACGGCUAAGCGUCGAAGGUCGCAAAGCCAUGUCUGCCGAACCACCAACGGCCGCCUGGGUCCAAGGAAAGAGAUGGGAAGAUCUGAUCGAGGCUGCGACGAGCGCAACAGAAGCUGAUGACGAUCGUGAUCUCACUCCCGUAACUGCUGGCCAUCCCACCACCCGCAGGUUGUCCGCCGCGGACAGCAUUGUAGCAAGUGGAGGGGCGAACAAGCGAUCAUCCCUACCGCCAGGCUUCCGACCUCUCGGCUCUUACCUUGGACAGCACCACAGCCAUGGCCACGGGCAAUAUAAUGCCUCUCCGCUCCAACGCGCACUGACGCCACCGCCACCAGACCACAUGGGCCCGAACGAUCCCGAGCCCUUCCCAUCGGUCGAGUCAAUGGACAGCGGGGGAUCAGGGCAGAAUUUCCACAUCUCAGGAUCUGGCCUACCCACGUCUGCAUCGUCCAACGACAACACUAGUCCGCUGCAACAUCACUCGCACCCUUAUCAGCACUCUCAGUCAUCCUCGUUUGGCAGCAAAUCGGAAGUCUUGGAAAUCUACUGUGCAUCGUGUGGUCGGCCCUGGCUGCUCAGAAAUGCAUUUGCCUGCACCGAAUGUAUCUGUGGCGUCUGCAGCGACUGCGUUGGACAGAUCAUCAGCAGUCCUGUCGUCACCGGCCAACCAGGAUUCGCCCCGAUGCGCCGCGGUUGCCCCCGCUGCGGAGUGAUGGGCGGGAAGUGGAAGCGAUUCCAACUGGAUUUUCGAUAA